GCGAGGGAGGAAACACGAGUUCCACUUGAUGAACGGCAGCCUGGAUUUGGCUAAGCUAGCUUUUGUUUUCAGCUUGUAGCUGGUCUGAAUUGUGCGGGCGAUUGAGGCUCUGCGUCUUUAGGAACAUGGCUUACGCGAACUGUUCGUUGAAAGUGAACAGGCAGCUGCUGGACCCCAGCUUUGAGAGUUACAGGCUCUCCUUAGACUCAAUUCCAUGUUAUAAUGUAGAGCUGGAUGCAGCUGUGGCGGAGGUUAAACUGAAAGACAGUCAGUACACUCUGGACCAUAUGAAGGCGUUCGGCAUGUACAAUUACCUCCACAUUGAUCCGUGGUAUGAAGAGAGUGUUUACUUUGUCGACUGCAAGGGAAGGGUGCUCAGUCUGACAGUCACGUUGGACACGGCGCUGGGGAAGCCGCGGGAGAUGUUCCGGAUGACCCCUGAGCCGAGCUCAUGCGCAGGCGAGCGAGUGUGUGCGUCUCUCAGUCUGACGUCGGCGACCUGGGCCGCCCUGUCGGACGGGGCGGGAAAUCUGACCCUGCUGCGCACCAGCAAGAGAGGAGAGAGCUCCCACACCAAAUGGGAACCGAUGUUCAGUGAGUGUCUGGGGGAGCCUUUCACCAUCCUACACAGCCUCUCCCACGUCCAGGCGGGAGUCCACACUAUCGACCUUCUGCUGUUGCGCAUCCAGAAGGACCCGACUGAUGCCAAAGGCAGCGGCUUCUGCACGUCACUACAGUGGAUUACUGUGGGCAACUCUGCUGAUCAGGAGAAGAAGUAUGAAGUGAGGAAGAGGAGGCUGAUGAAGGGCAGGUCAGUCCCUCACUAUGCUGCGCUGGAGCCUCAGGGGAAAGGGCUGAUGGUGGCAUCAGAAAAACCCUUCAGCUUCAAGGAGGUGGAUGGAGUUCCACUGGAGGAAGCACCAGCUGAGGACAUGGAGGUUGAGCGCUCAGACCCAAUCUACUUCUGGCAGCAGACAGAGGAGGACGUUACAGUAUGUAUCCGUUUGCCAGAGGGCACCACUAAAGAUGACAUACGCUUCAAACUCUCGGUGGACUGCUUGUGUGUUGGCGUGCGGGACUACGCGCCCCUGCUGGAGGGUCAACUCUUUGCCCCAGUGGACCCUGAGGCCAGUGUCUGGACCAUUAAAGAUGGCAAGAGUCUGGAGGUGAGUCUGCAGAAGCGCAGCGAGGGUCCGCUGUGGACUGAGCUGGUGCUGGGCGACAGGAAGGGGGAGUACAUCAUGAACGAGGAGCAGGCAGCACAACUCCACCAGAGACUCGCUCACCUCACUGCUGAAGAACUGAAUCCUAACCCGGAGAAAGACAAGCCCCCGUGUAAUGCUCAGGAGCUGGAGGAGUGCGAUGGCUUUCCAGAGGACAGUUCGACACUAAUGCGAUUUGAUGGAGCUACCCUGAAGCCCACCCAUGUGGUGAACCUCGGUAGCCAUCAGUACCUGUUCACUGUGGACAUAAACCCGUCUGAAAUGCCGGCGUUCUGUCUCCGGCACGAUGUGGACGCCCUGCUGUGGCAGCCGCGACCCGAGCAGCCCAAUGACAUGUGGGAACACAUAGCAACCUUCAACGCACUAGGUUAUGUUCAGGCUUCGAAGCGGGAUAAAAAGUUUGCGACCUGCGCCCCCAACUUCUCCUACGCCGCGCUGGCCGAGUGCCUGAGGAGAGUCUUUAUCUACCGGCAGCCGUCUCCAGUGGACACGGUGCUCUUCAACCGCAAACAGGGACGGCAGAUCGGCCAGGUUGCCAAGCAACAGGUAGCCAGCUUGGAGUCCAGCGACCCUGUGCUGGGCUUCAGGGCCACUAAUGAGAGACUGUUCGUUUUAACCCGCAACAACCUCUUUAUACUCAAGGUGAAUAAUUAGAUCUGCUAUUCAGGAGUUCCACAGGAGGUGCUCCAACUGUCUUUUCUGAGACUGUACUUUUCAGAGGCUGCAGUGGAGAAAAAAGACCUAAAGUGAUGAUGAUGGAUUUCAGCAUUGCUCAUGCAGUCUGGAUGCUUUUGUUCGAUUGCUCACAGACGUCAGCAGCCCUUAUAUGAGGGUCCUGUUUGCAGAGGCAGGAGAUGAGUUUGUACUAUGUGUGUAUUUGUCAUGUUAUCCAUUAUGAAAAAGCUUUAUCUACAUUCCUCCCUGCAAGGCUGCACACUGUUUUACAACUGUUUGUUACGCUGCAGAAAUAAAGUAAAAGUAAAGAACUUA